CAGUGAUUUGUGUCGUCAGUGGCAAUAAGGUAAAUAACAAUGGCGGAUGCCAGUCUCAAUUAGUCUGAACACAUUUUUUUUUCGCUGCCUGUACUCUGUGUAAAGGCACCAACAUGGACCGAGAAAGUAAGGAUGGGAAAAAGAAGGGGAAGAGAAACAAGGUUGGCCUUGUCAAUGAUAGUUUUGAACUAGAACCUGCAUCUAAUUCUGUUAGAAACAAAGUGAGUCCAUUUCUAAACAACAUUAGAGAUGUACAAUCUAAAAACAAUAAUACAAGGUCCAAAGCUUUACAAAACCUUAUUGAUGUAAGGAUAACUGCCUCAAAAUGGAGAGACUUUGUUAAUAGAAAAAGAAAAAGGAAAAAGAACAAUCCAUGUGGAUUUGAUGAGCAUGACAGUAGGCAGAAACCUGGUGCUGCUGUGGGUGAAGCUGAAAAUGCUGCAGAGAAACGGGGAACUAUUGGCGGCCUUGGUCUUGAUGAUAUUCAUGAAGACUUUGUCAGCGGGAACCAGAAGUUAUUCGGGGAUAAGCUCACUUCAAAGUCUAUGUCGAGCGCAAGUAAUCGUGCGUUACUCCAAUAUUUCGCCAAAUUAGGAAAAUCACAAAAAGACGAUGAGGUUGUGGAUUUAGAUUUUGUCGAGACGUUAGUAACCAGUGGUGCUGAUAUAAAUUGUACAGACAGACAUGGGCAGACCCUUCUUCAUGAGGUUGCAAGUAAAUGGCAUACUGAUGUUGCCAAGUUUUUGAUAGACAUGAAUGCAGACGUGAACAAGGCGGACAAUUUCGGCAGAACUCCUCUCCAUGUUGCAGCUGCUGACAACUAUCCAGACAUGAUCAAUGUGUUGAUUGAUGCAGGAGCUGAGAAAGAAGCCCUUACAGCUGGAGAAUUACAAACACCUGUACACUACGCAGCUAGAAAUGACGCCACAGAUGCUCUUAAAACCCUCAUUAAACGCCAUUGUAAAUACAAGAUGGUGAGGGACUACAAGGGGAGAACACCCUUACAUGUUGCUGCUGAACUUGAUCGCAGUGAGACAGCGAGGUUGUUGUUAGAUUUAGAGGCACCUGCUGGUGUCACUGAUUUGAAGGGGCAGUCUGUAAUAUCCUGGAUGAUCACUAAAAUGCCUCCUGUUGCUGCUGAGGCCAUUCAACAGUUCCACUUGAAGGACCGUCCUAACAGAAAACAAUACUUCUACCUUAACCUACUCACACAUGAUAGAGUUAAAGAUCCAAAAUUCUACACACAGAUGCCAUUACAAGUUGCUGUAAAGUAUAAACAGUAUGACAUUUUGACACAGUCAGUUAUGCUUACACUGACCAGGAUCAUGUGGGAGAAAUUUGCAAGAUGGCGUGCAUACGGGUCAUUGUUAUUUAAUUUCGUGUACAUUAUGUUAUGGACGGUUUACGGAGUUACGAUAGAGUACGAUGAGCGCCAUCUAUAUAAACUUCCGGAACAUUGGUGGAGGAUUGUUCUAUUGGCUGCUGCUGUUGGGAUUACAAUGUGGCAGGUCAUAGAUGAGAUCAGAGAAUACUGGAGAUCUAAAGAAAGUGACAUAAAUUGGAAGAAAUGGCGUCGAGAGGAGAUAGAUGAGGAUUUAAAAUAUUGUCAUCCAAGAUGGCCGGAGGAAGAACAAUUUUUAAAUCAGGAACUCCAAAAUCUUGAAGAUAGUAAUACAAGAUACUUUUCUGAUAUGUGGAAUUGGUUUGACUGGUUUUGUUAUACACUAUUGGUUGCAGUUAUUGGCACACAUGUUGCAGACAUUGUAGAUCACACUGAUGCCGUGGCGCGAGCCCACAUACGUCUCACAGCUGUGGUUGUCAUAUUUCUGUGGCUUAGGCUGAUGAAGAACAUUCGAGCUUUUUCAAUGCUUGGACCAUUUGUUGUGAUGGUUGGUGCCAUGAUAUCAGAUCUGUUGAAGUUUGCCUUCUUGUAUUUUGAGUUUUACAUUCCAUAUUUGUGUGCAUUUUGGAUGAUAUUUGGUGGCAACAAAUAUCCAGAAGGUACUGCGGGCCAAGCUAACAGAACAGAGCUUACUGUAGAUGGUUUCAUCAAUUUUAAUGAAGCAAUGUUUUCCUUAUGGAGAAUGACACUAGUAGAUGAAUAUGCAUAUGAUGAAAUGAAGGCUAUAGAUCCUAUCAUGGCUGACAUUUUGGUUGGUACCUGGCUGUUCUUGUCUGCGGUUCUCUGCCUGAACCUUCUUAUUGCCUUGUUUUCUGAUACAUUCCAAAGAGUAUAUGAUAACGCACGUGCCAAUGCGGUAAUGCAGAAAGCUGUCAUGAUUUUGUCAUUCUGGGAAGGUAUGAGUCCCGAAACACGUAACAAAUUCCUUGAUCAUAUAUCAAAUACCUGUGCACCGUUCAAGGAGUAUUACGAUGAUGAUAUGACGGAAAGUGAUGACGCUGAUCUGAAGAAAGUAACGAUACAAAUAAAGGAACAACUAGAUGAAAUGAAAGAAAAGUGGGACGAUCAGUUUGGAUCCGGGGAUGACAAAACAGCUCUGGAGGAGCUUCAAGAAGAGGAUCUGCCUAAAACUGAUAGCAAGGGAAAAAUGAUGACUACACAAAAGUUUGAAAGUGAAAUUGAAAACUUACGUGAUGAGAUUAGAAUGGGACUUCUGGAAUUACAAAAACAACAAAAUCAUAUGAUGCAAAAGUUUAAACAAGACAUGAAAAUGGUGAAAUCUCUGAUAUUAGAUUUGUCGGGGCAGGGUUCAGGAGGUCAGGGUGGAGAUGGGGGCGGAGUUGGGGGUGGAAAUGGAGGUGGAAUGGGGAUGGGUCCAGGGCAGUACAUGCAGCCUGCAGAUAUAGUGACAGCAGAUGGAAUGAUGAUGCUACCAGGGUAUUACCAGCAGAUGGCACCUGGUGUUGUGGUGUCAUCUCAAGAUACCACCCCUAGACCACACACUGGAAAGAAAAAGAAGAGAAAACAGAAAAUGGCAGCCGGGGAAGUUGCUGAUCAAUUGGUUCAUGUAGAAGACCAAAGUCCUGUCCGUCCCAGGUCAGCUGGUACUGGUAUAUUUGCUCCAAGCCCAUCUCUACAAGAACCAAUAGUUGAAGUUUCUACGCAAGGUGAUUUUUCAACAGAUGAUAUAUUUAGUACAGACGUACUACCACGAUCUGCAUAUGACGCUGAUCAUUCAACAGCCUGAUUUCACAGCAAAGUUUAACAGACUGGUGCAAAACUGUCUCCAUUAUAUAUAGACUAUAGAAUUAAUAGACUGGCAAACAUCAUGUCAUACAUGUCAUAAAGUUAAAAUAUAUGAUAUCAUAAAGUUGAAUAAUUAUGACAUUGUAAAGUUAAAUAUGGCAUCAUAAAGUAUAACUUUUGUCAUCAUAAGUCAAAUAUGUCAUCAUAAAGUCAAAAAUAUGACAUAAUAAAUUCAAAAAUAUGACAUCAUGAACUUAAAUAUGGCAUCAUAAAGUUAAAUAUGGCAUCAUAAAGUCAAAAAUACGACAUUAUAAAUUCAGAAAUAUGACAUC